AGUAUACCUGAAAUACCUCCUAAGCCUGGAGAACUGAAAACAGAACUGUUGGGUCUAAAAGCAAGAUCAAGCCAAGUUCAGAGUUCACAACAGUGA